CGCUCGAGAGACUGAAGAAAAACGGCGCUGAAGAAUUCCUAGGCAAGAGCAUCGCCGACCCGUUGAUUGCGUUUAGGUGGAUAGAGCGCGUAUGAUGCAUAUUCGAGAAUUUGAAGGUUCCAGAUGGUGAGUGGGCCAAUUUCACGGUCAUGCUUCUACAGAGUAAUGCGUACGAGUGGUGGAAGUGCACUACUCAAAAUUCGAAUCAUCCAGCAAAAGUGACGUGGGCGUACUUCGAUCAAGUGUUCAAAGAGGAGUAUAUUCCCGAGUCGUUUGUGGAAGAGAAAAGCGAAGAGUUUCUACAUCUGGAGAUGGGUACGAUGAGUCUUCCUGAGUAUCGUCAGCUGUUUGAUCAUCUCGCUGAGUUUGGCCAGGAUUUGGUGAACACCAGACGUCGUUGCGAUAAGUUCGUGAAGGGCAUGCGCCCGAAACUUCAGAAGCACAUGUCUACUGCAUCUAGGAAAGAUUUUGGACUCAUGUACGAGCAAGCAAAAGAGGUUGUUAGAACGAAGGAAGGAUUGAAGCUGAACACUAAGCAGAAGCCAGCCAAGACAUCCACACAAGCAGCUAGCACCAAGAAAAGGGAAACAACCUAGGCAUCCCUUGUGUACCCGUUGCAAUCGCUAUCAUCCAGGAGAGUGCUGGUUGUUAGUCUUAUGGGGGACCAUCGAUCACCCUUAGGGAUUCGCUACUGUGUUU